UUGUUGAUAAGAAUAUAAGAUCCAAGCACAGAGUAGACUAACUUUAAAAAAAAGUAUCUUAUAGUAACUAGACGGUGACUACGACACUGAUUACUGAAUACAUUAGACAUCCGAUUUCAAAUCUUCACAGUUUAAUCGUUUAAUAAUUCUAAAUUCCUUUUCAAGUUAUACCUAUUUAGCCAUGGCAGGGAAAAUGAUCGACCUGAACAAUUUAAACGUGCAGCAAUUGGCAAAAAUGAAGGAACAGGUAUACAAAGAAGUUAGUUUAAUACAAGACUCGUUGCAAUCUUUGAAGAUGGCACAGAAAAGGUACAUUAGUUCACAAGAGGCGCUGGAAAGUGCCAAAGGACGACCAUCUGGUACAUCCAUGAUGAUUCCUUUAACCAAGUCUAUGUACGCUGCUGGACAAUUAGCCAAUCCUGAGCAUGUGACUGUAUGCAUAGGGGCUGGAUAUUUUUUGAAGCUCGAGAUUAACGACGCAAUUCAAUACUUCAAAAGACGUGUCAACUUCCUCGUGGAACGUAUGGAAGGCAUCCAACAGAUUGGUUUAGAAAAACAGAAGUUACAGAAUGUUGUUACUGAAGUACUAGAGAUGAAAUUACAACAAGCUCAAACUGAAAAUAAAUGAACAACAGUUAUGCUAACACUUUUUAAUUAUUUUUUCCUAACAUUUAAUUGAUAUAAAGCUAUUUUUUGUUUUUAAUACUUAUUAAACUAAUCAAAUUUUGAUUAAAUAUUUUCUGUAAAUGAUUGGUACUGCUUCUUGUCCUUCUUAUCGAAGCAUAUUUUUUGUAUUGCAUUGAUAAUUUUUACUGUUAACAAAUUUAAUAUGCAUGUGUUCAAUUAUUGAAUUAAAAUAUUAUAUGUAUUUAAGAUUCUAACAGUUAAAAUAUAUAUAAAUUAUUAAUAGAUCACAUUUUUAAAUGUUUUGUUGAACUAUCAUAAGAAUAUUUAUACAAAAUUAAGUAACAGCGUUUGUAUGCUUUAUGGUUAAUAUAUGAGGGUGCUAAAUGCUGUCUGCUAUUAAGCAUCUCCAACUGGCUAGUUUCAAAUUUUAAAAUGUAAGGACAUUUAUCACUAUUUUAUCAAUUAUUAUAAUUUAAAAGCACCUUCCUAUAAAAAUCUAUAAUAUUAAUCAUAUUAAUGAAAAUAUGUUAAUGAAUGUACAUAAUAUAUUUAUGUGUAAUAAUGUUAACAAAAUUUUUUUAUCUAAUAAAAAAUAAUAAUAUAAUGUCAUA